AUGUCAUUGCCUCCGACGCCUAGCUUUACAUGUCAGCCCCGACGUCAUCGUAGUCGCUGUAAACUAUUCGCUGGUGUAACGUCUAUGCCAAUAGCUUUAACAUGUAGCCUACUAUUACUAAUAAUAACUGGCGUAUUUAUGCGGAACGCCCAAGCGGGUGUUAUCAAAAAAAGAGAAAUUCCCUCAAUACGCAAUGUGGACGACAUGUCAGCGACAACUACGCCAACAACAACAACAAAUGUCUUGGCGUCAUCGAUAAGGGCUCUCUCAAAUGACCCUGACAUUGAGGUAAGGGAAUUGAACCAACCACCACAGUCAAUGGCUGCGACAGAGCUACCACGAACCAAAUUAGUUAUGCAGGGUAUGGGGAGCCUUGAUGGCUCCCAUGAGGAAUCAAUGCACAAUGAUUUAUCACUGGACCCAAGCGUUGCUAAAAAGGCCAAUCCGGAAAUAAUUGAACAAGAAAAUGCCAACGGAACCCCACGUUGGGCGCCAUUAUCAACCGAGAAUCCCAUUCUCAAAUUAGCCAAUAAUUUAAGUGGUAAUUUUCAACAAAAUCUAGAGAGCUUUAGCUCUAAGGUUAGUCAAGUCCUAAAUGAUAUUCAUUCCAAGGAGGUAACACAAGAGAAAUCGCAAGAGAUCGCUUCAGGAUCCUCAGAAUCUACUGGAAGCUCGAAUUCGGAUGCUGGAAAUAUUAUGGUCUUAACAGCUCCAUCAAAGGAGAAAACCAGUGAUAUUUUACCUACUGAGGAGAAGAAAGAACAUCGGGAACCCAAUCAGGUUGGGGAAAAUGUAAACAUGGAAGCCGGAACUGGAAAUCCCACAAAUUUUUCAACUUCUUCGCAAGAUGUAGAAGUUAUGAAUAAUGGAGCAGAUGGCCGCCCCGUAUUAAGUGUUAGCUCUACGCAUGAAAAUCUGGCCAAACCUCAAGAAGAUCACCAAAAAGGUUCCCAAGAAGUUGCCGAAAAUUCCGCGGAUUCUUCACGAAAGGUAUUCACAACUGAAAUUGAAAAGGAAACUCUUUUAAAUCCCCUUAAAGGCAAUGAAAAUUCCCACGAAUCUCAGAAUGCCUUGCAGAACUCCCAAGAGAGUGAAAACGGAGUUCGUUCUACAGAAAAUCCCCAAAAAUCCCAGACCCCGAAAAUAAACAAUGGAGAUCCCUCAAAAGGCAAUGCGAUUUCCCAGGAAGGCCAGAGCACUGCAUUUCACGAAUCCCAAAGUAGAGGACAUUCCCUGAAUGGCAAUAAAAAUUCCCAUGAAUCCCACAAUGACAUUUCACAAGAAUCCCAGAGUGCGGGGAAAAUAAAUAUCCAAGAAAAUCCGCAAAUUAAAACUGGAAAUUUUCAAGAGGAAGCCCAAAAUGAAAGUCUACAAGGUUCUCAGGGUGCUGCCAACUUAAAUAAACAAAAUUUCCAAGAAUCCCAGAGCCCUACAAUGACAGAAAAGGAAAACCCACAAGAUUCCCAAAAAUCCCAGAAUAUCGAGGAAGAUUCUCAUGAAUCCGGAAGUCAUAAUGAAAAUAAUCUAAAACCCCUAGAAGCUUCAAUGGCCGAAAAUACCUUAGCAAAAAUUGAAAAUACCCAAGAAUUCCAAAAAAGCAACGAUAAUACCCAACAAAACCAACUCCAAAGUAUUGCCGAAAAUUCCCAAGAAUCUCAAAGCUCUUCCCCAACUGGAAAUGUUCAGGAAUCCCAACGGCAACAACUACCCACCAUUCAGGGCAACUCCCACGUAUCCCAAAAUACCAUAAAAUCCCCAAGUGGUAGCGAAAAUCUCCAAGAAUCCCAGAACACCGAAGAAAUACAAAAAGAAAAUACCCAAAAAUCCACUAAUGACCAGGAAAAUUCGCAGGAAUCCCAAAAUACUUUAAAUUCUGAAAAUCCGCAAGAAUCCCAGAUUUCUUUAAAAUCCCCCAAGGCUUUGGACAAUUCCCAAGAAGUCCAAAGCACCAGCGAAAUCGUGAAAGAUGAUUCCCAAAGCAUCAAUAAUGUCCAGGAAAGCAACCCAGAAUCUCAGUCCAUUAUUAAAUCCCUCAAUUUGAACGAUAAUCCACAAGAAUCAAAGAAAUCCCCAAAUGCCGCAGAAAAUUCUCAAGAAUCCCAAAAUACCUUCAAAUCGGCAAAUGAUUCAGAAAGUCCUCAAGAAACUUUCCAAAAAUCUCAGAUUUUCUUAACAUCCCCAAAUGCCUCAGAAAAUCCCCAGGAAUCUGAAAACCCCCGUGAAAUGGAUUUGAAACUGGCUUCCAAUGAAGCCAUAAAUGAUCUGAGCUCAUCGAAGGAAAACGGCGCAAACAUGGAAAAAUCCGCACAGGAAAAGUCUUUGCAAGAAAUUGCUGAAAACAACGGGAAAUCUGGGGACAUUCAGGAUUCAACUAAAAUGGAGGUUGCUAUAAAAUCAUCUAGAAAACUUGAGGAGGAUGUAAAUUCCAGCAAUAAUGGUUUAAAUGAGAUUUCUUCCAAGGAGUCUUUGGCGAAACCUGAGAGAGUCACGGAAAAGGAAAUGCAGACAAAUGGGGAAAAAUUAUCCGAAAAUUCUCCCAAGAAUGUAGAGUUACAAAAUAUGGACUCAAAACCUUCUUCCAAUGAAAAUAAUGUACAAAUUCAGCAAAAUAUUGAUGAUUUAAAGCAAACCGCUGAUUUCAAUACGCAGUCAGCUGAUUCCACUAAGCAAUCAGCUGAUUUAGCCAGGACCCCAACCACCGCCACCAACCUUAAAGAUAAUAGCCUGGAAACAAAUCACAUAAAUGAAAAACCAACUGUGUUCUCUAAGCCUAUAGGAGAUUUGGGAAAUAAAUUUGUGAACUCCUCUGGCAUUCAAGAUGCCUUGGAUGGUGAUUCCUGGAAGGAGGUUACCAAUGAUUUACCCGAUAAGACCACAGAAAAAAUACCCGAGGAGGAGGUUGUGGGGACUCAAAAGCCUUUGGAUAAAGUGGAAUAUGGUCGUGCCAUGUUCCAGGGCAAGGAAGGUGAAGGUGAGGAGGCCACCACAUUACCCGGCCACAUUGCCAAUAAUAUUGAUUUUGGUGAAGUUCUGCAACAGAAUUCCACCUCGAACUCUCUGCGCCCCAAGCAACCGAAAUUUAUUAAUGAUAAUUCCUCGAAUGCCCAACAAAUGAAUUUACCAAAUAAUCCGGAGGUUUGGUCGCUGGCUGGUAUGAAAAAUCCUAACGCUAACAAUGUGGGGGAUGGGGAUAAAAAACCAAAUCGGGAGCAGGUUACCACCAUGAAAUCUGAGAGAAUGGAAAUGCGGGAUAAUUUGGAUUCCCAAUUAAAUGGCCUCAGUGAAAAGUCCCUGUUAGAUUGGUCUCACAUUAUGACCGAUAAGGAAUUAAUACAGGCCACCACUGAGGAGUAUGGUGAAGAAGUGGCCGCCACAAAUUCGGAUCUUCUGCUUGGUAAUACCCAAACAAACGCAAUCAGUGCAAAUUCAACAAUCUUAUCAAUGGGCAAUGAUGAUGAUAAGGCCGCCACAAAAAGAGAGGAGGAAAAGAUAAAAGAAACUGGCGAAGAAGAAGGCAUAACAGAGCAGAGAGAAAAUAAUUUGGAAGCAGUUGGGGGAGUAACAGAGAAAUCAGUUACCGAGACAUUUGUUGCAAGCCACAAAAGUGAGGAUGGCAUGACACAUGGAGAACAACCCUCGGCAGCACCUGCUGACACAACAAACUUGACUUCAAUUGAAAAUCCCCAAACAAAAACAACUACACGAACAGCUGUUGCGACUGAUGAGACUAUUUUAACAUUAGAGAGACCCGACCGUGAGCAGAGCUUUAUCAAUAACAUAACGGAGAGCGGCCAAACGUCGGCAGUAACUACGGAAACAGCUGUUGGCAUAACGGAGAGCCCGACGCAGCAAAAAACAACUGUAGAACCGAAUGUUAACAGUUUUGUUGAAACCAGUGCGGAGAACACAACAACGAAGACGACGGCAACGGGAACUUCGGAUGUUUUUGAAUUAAAUACGGAAAAAUCAAAUUACGACGAAGUGAAAGAAAAUCGUGCGGAUUUUACGGAGGUUGAGGUUACAACAUAUAAACCGAAAUUUGUAAUUGCAACAACAACAACAAGUACGUCGAUUGUCACCCUGCCUUCUCAGGCGAUUGAGGGCAGUAAUGAAACCGUUGAAACUACAACAACAAAUAAAAUUCCUCCUCUAGCGGAAGUUAUUGACCAAAAUGGCAACAACUUGGAAUCGAUAGAUAUUGAAACUACAACAACACCACCGAGCAGUACACAAACAACUACAUUAGCAGCCGCUACUCAAGAGCCAACCGUCGAAGAGAAGCCGCAGGAGGAGGGGCAGUUCUCCUCAAGUACAAUUAAAACGCAUUUGAAUGAACAGCUAGCAAAUAAUUCUACAACAACAACAAAUAAUUUUACAACAACAGCCACAGAUAUUCCAUUUGAGUUAACGACUAUAGCAGCUAAAGAAAAUACAACUACGUCAUCCUCUGGAGCGGAGGAGGGGGUGAAAGAGGAGAUAAUCGGAACGCUUGGCGAAACAACAACCCCUAAAACUCAACAAGCAGCCAAAGAAGAGGAAGAAGAAGAUACUCAAGAGGGGAAACAACAAACAACCUCAGAACAAGGGGACAUUAUAAUUGGGUUAGCAACAACAACAACAACGACAGCAAAACCUGAAACAAAGGCCACAGAGGCCACCGAAGAAGAAGAACUUGAACAGGCAACAGAAAUAACAACUACAACAGCAACCCCUGCCUCGGAAACACCUGUUGCCAACACAAGUGAAAUAUUUAAUGGCAACUUAGGUUCAGUUACCACCACCACCACGACCUCUAGACCUGAACUAAAUAGCGACACAAAUAAAGACACCACAAAGGCAGAAGCUGAGGGUGAGGGUGCGGAUGACGAAAAAGUCGCCGAGGUGACCACCACUGAAAAGGGUGUAGAAACCUAUUUCAAGUUCCCCAUAAGAGGGGGAAGUCAAACAGCAACACCUACAAUCACAACAACACCAACAAUAAACAAAGAAGAACGAGAACCAGAAAUCGAGGGAUCCGGUGACGAGGAAGGUUAUGAGCAAGAAGGCAUAAAAGUUACAGACAUGAGUUUACCGGAGACCAGUACAAGCGAAAGAACUACGGCAGUGACGGAAGAGACAUUUAUAAGUUUAUUGGAUGAUUCAACAACAACAACCAGUACCUCCACCACCACAACAACCGAAUUACCUCCCAUAAUAAUAACAACAACAACUACGGAGAGGCUACCACAACAACAACAAGUGAAAAUAUUCCACAAACGACCUUUAGUACUUAUAUAG